UAAAGUUGAUUGACACAUGUAAAUGUCAAACAUUAAACAAAUCAAACAGAAAAAAACGUACAAAGCCAACCAAAUGAUUUCAAUCAGUUUCUAGCAUGUCUAUAAAAAGUUAAAAGUCAGAAAUUGACAACUAAAACAUGUUAAAGAUCACUAAAAAGCCUUUGCCUGAGUGUCCAAUAUGUAGAAAAAAUUUACCAACUCUAUUGGCAAUGAAGUGUCACAUAUAUUUACACACGAACGAGCGUCCCUUUAGAUGUUUGACUUGUGGGAAAACAUUUGUUCAAAUAUCUCAUAUAAAGCGUCAUUUAUUGACACAUUCUGGGAAGUGUCCUUAUAAGUGCACUUUGUGUGGAAAAUCCUUCAAAUCUAAGGAUAAUAUGAAGAUUCAUACCUUGGUUCACACAGGAGAGCGACCUUAUAAGUGCAUUAUAUGUGGAAAAUCCUUCAAAACGAUUACUAACAUGAAGCAACAUACAUUAGUUCACACAGAAAAGCGACCUCUUAAGUGUACUAUAUGUGGAACAUUUUUCAAAACUAAACAAGGAAUGAAGAGUCAUACAUUAGUUCACAAAGAAGAGCGACCUCAUAAAUGCACUUUAUGUGGAAAAUCCUUCAUAAGUAAGGACUAUUUGAGAAAACAUACAUUAGUUCAUACAGAAGAGCGACCUCAUAAGUGCACUAUAUGUGGAAAAUCCUUCAAAACUAAGGACUAUGUGAUGAGUCAUACAUUAGUUCACACAGAAGAACGACCUCAUAAGUGUACUAUAUGUGGAACAUUCUUCAAAACUAAAGAAGGUAUGAAGAGUCAUACAUUAGUUCACACAGAAGAGCGACCUCAUAAGUGUACUAUAUGUGGAACAUUCUUCAAAACUAAAGAAGGUAUGAAGAGUCAUUCAUUAGUUCACACCAGAGAGCGACCUCACAAGUGCACUACAUGUGGAAAAUGCUUCAAAACUAAGAAUCUUAUGAAGAGUCAUACAUUAGUUCACACAGAAGAGCGCCCUCUUAAGUGUACUAUUUGUGGAACAUUCUUCAAAACUAAACAAGGUAUGAAGAGUCAUACAUUAGUUCACAAUGAAGAGCUACCUCAUAAGUGCACUUUAUGUGGAAAAUCCUUAAAAUGUAUGGCCAAUUUAAAGCAACAUACAUUAUUUCACGCAGAAGAGCGACUUCAUAAGUGUACUACAUGUGGAAAAUUCUUUAAAACUAAGGACAAUAUGAGGAAACAUACAUUAAUUCACAAUGAAGAGCAACCUCAUAAGUGCACUAUAUGUGGAAAAUCCUUCAUAAGUAAGGACUAUUUGAGAAAACAUACAUUAGUUCAUACAGAAGAGCGACCUCAUAAGUGCACUAUAUGUGGAAAAUCCUUCAAAACUAAGGACUAUAUGAAGAGUCAUACAUUAGUUCACACAGAAGAGCGACCUCAUAAGUGUACUAUAUGUGGAAAAUCCUUUAAAACUAAGAAUCAUAUGAUGAGUCAUACAUUAGUUCAUACAGAAGAGCGACCUCAUAAGUGCACUAUAUGUGGAAAAUCCUUUAAAACUAAGAAUCAUAUGAUGAGUCAUAAAUUAGUUCAUACAGAAGAGCGACCUCAUUAGUGUACUGUAUGUGGAAAAUAAUUCCAAACAAGUGGCCAUGUAAACAGGCACAAAUUAGUACACAGCGGUGAGCGACCGUAUUGUAUGUGGAAAAUCCUUAAGAACUGAGGGCAAUAUGUACAUAAAUUUACACAAAGAGCGAGCUCACAAGUGCACUACAUUUGGAACAUCCUUCAAAAUUAUGAAACAUAUGACGAGUCCUACAUUAGUUCACACAUAAGAGCGACCUCAUUAAUGUACUUUAUGUGGAAAAUACUAAUGGCUAUUUUAACCGGUAUAAAUAAGUACACACCGGAGGGAGACCUCAUAAUGUACUAUAUGUGGAAUAUCCUUAAGAACUAAAUGCAAUAUGAUGCAACAUACAUUAGUUUACACAAAGAGUGAGUUCAAAAGUGCAAUACAUGGGGAACAUCCUUCAAAAUUAAGAACAAUAUGAAAAGUCAUAGGGCCUACAUUAGUUCACACAGAAGAGCGACCUCAUGAGUGUACUACAUGUGGUUCAUCAUUCGAAACUAAGGAAAUUAUGAAAGGUCAUAAAUUUGUUCACACCAGAAAGCGACAUCAUAAGUGCACUAUAUGUGGAAAAUCCUUCAA